AUCUAUAUUUGCGGCCAUUUUGUUGUGUUUUAUAUAAGGACAAGAUGGAUAAGGAACAGAAAAAAAGGAUAACUUCAAACAUAACAUUUUUGAAGGAAAGACUUGGAUAUUUAGAUCCGAUUCUAGAAAGACUGGUAGACAAAAAUGUGAUAACCGUCGAACAGAAAGAUAGGGUGGAGAAAGUUAGCCCUCCAACACCACACAGAAAAUUCAACGAAUUCAUUCAGUUGUUACUCAACUCACACGACCCUAACUCUUUCAAUAUUUUUAUUGAAGUUUUGGAAGAUGAACGAUUUUUCAACAUUGUAGAAAAACUGCAGAAAGAUAUUUCUACACGUACAACAAGCCGAGCAAAAUCUUCAUAUGCACGUGAGAGUGCUAUAUCUAGUGUAAGCGUUCAGCAACAGAGACCACCAACCAGUCAAUCUACAGCUCAGCCCAGACGACAACAACAGACAUUUAACCGAGCUAAAACACAACUAAACACAACGUCUGGACCAUUUGAAUAUGAUUUUGAAGAACAAGUAGUUAUGUCUCCUAUGGGCGAUUAUGGGGCAUCAGGAGGAGUUUAUGACAGCUAUUGCACAUCUCCAAACAUACCAGAGCGAACUGGUUCAGCUUCUUAUGCUGAUAAGGUAACGUCUGCAAUAGGAUCAAUGUUUGCGGAAUUUAGCGGGAAACUAACUAAUGAUUUGUUGGAUGGAUUCGAUAGACGUCGACAUGAAGAGAGACUUGAUCUUGAGAUCCGAAUGGAAAAGAAAAUCGACGAUGCGAUAGAAAACAAACUUGAUGAGAAAAUCAAAACUUUCCAAACAGGAUGGGAGAAAGAGAAAACGGAAAUGAUAGAAAGAAGCGAACUGGCUCUAAACCAAUUGCAAGACACCAUUGAAAACAUGAGAGCUCAGUCCGAUGCUUAUAUGGAACUCAAGGCUAAAUAUGACCAGCUACAACAGACACAUUCACAGAUGAGAGAUAAGGAGAAUGAAAGAUGGCAGCGUCUUACAGCAGUCAAUAAAGAAAAUUCCGGACUUAAGAAUGAGGCAGAGGUUUUGAGAUCGGAGUUGAUGCUUGUACGGGAACGUGUUGACGAACUGGAAGCUGAUAAUAGAGCUCUUAAAGAUAAUGAAAUACAAGAUCAGCACCGUAUAAACCAACUAUUGGCAGAGAAAGAGGAUAUUAUUCUUGAGCUAGAAAGGGCAGAACGAGACAAGAUUGAUUUGAAGAACAGAGUUGAUACAAUGGCAAGAGAGAUAGAAAAGCUGAUGUACCAACAAAAUGAACGUGCAAUGAAAGAUGACCGUGCGUAUCAAGAAGCCCUUAAGAAACAGAAUGAGCGAUUGGAUGAAUUAUACAAAGUAGUUCAGGCCUUGACAGAGAGGGAACGACAAUCCAAGAGUUUAUUCAUUGGAGGGAAUUCGUUGUCAAAGACACAACGCCAAUCGGCUCAAGUCAAUAGACAAAAUAGAUAGGACUACUUGAUUUUGUUUUCUCAUUUACCAACUUUAGAGUCCAAGGAUUGUUCCUAGAUUGUUAUUGUUAAUAUUUUUUAUGUUAUUCAGAAUUUUAGCACCGAAAUCAAAUUUUUUUGCAGUUUCGACUUUUAAUAAAUUUAAAUAUAAAACGGCAAUUAAUGAUUCAAACUGAUCUGAAAAUUAAUUCUAAAGAUAUUAAUUGGUCAAAUUCAAGAUUUCAUACAAUUAUUAGGUGUUUUCAUUGAAUAAAUCGAGUAUUAUUCAUACGUAGAUUACUCUCAAAGGAAAUAUCUGAAUACUGUUUAAACCAUCACAAGGACAUUUAAUAAUUCCAAAAUAUAUGUUCCUAUGGUUUGCUGUUACACCACUGUCCUAGGUUGGAGAGCUCACAAACAUGUUUAACCCACAUGAUUUAUGUACAUGCCCCAAGUCAGAAGACUGUAGUUCAUUGGUUGUCGUUGUUUGCUGUCUUCCUUAUUUGUUUUUCUUUGUUUUUCGUUGUACAAUAAUUCAGGCCAUUUGUUUUCUCUUUUGAAUUGUUUCACAUUUUGUCAUAAUGGGACGUUUUACAGAUUAAGACCAAGUGCAGUUAUAUUUUCAUAACUCUGCCCAUACUGUAGUUUGCGGUCGGUGGUGAAAACAAGAACCAGUUCGAUACUAGUAUUUAAAUUUCAGUUCCAAUAAUAUGGAAUUUUCGCGCUAAUAUAUAUAGUUCUAGCUCAUAUUGCAGCUAUUACAUGUAUAUAUUUGUAGAUAUAUGUUGUAAAGAAUUUGCUCCAAGCUAGGGUGGUAAUAUGCAUUUUAUGUCUUAAAUGGUUAAAUUGAUGGUUGUUUCUAUUCUUUACAAUUAUGGUUCAGUGUAAAUUUGUAAACAUUCAUCUAUAACAUGAUUGUUAAAGAUAUAUACUUUGUUAUUUUGUUAAUAUUUCAUAAAAUAUUUGUUAUUUUAUUCUAAUAAAUAAGAUACUAAUCUUUUGGAAUAUGA